CCCUUUGAGGAAGGAUGUUGAUUACAUGGUUGGUUUAUCCCGGAAGUUUUGACUUGCUCUAAGCUUUGUGGUUUGUACUCACAGAUGCGACGACGGAAGAAAAGUGUUACGAUAAAUUUCUUCAGCAUCAUGUCCGAGAUUUCCGAAGAAACAGAAGAAUUAUUGUUGGCAGAAGAUAGAAUCUCAGAGAGAUCAUCGACAUCAAAUUGCAGCAAGGAAGCAGAGAAGGAAAAACAGACAUCGGAAAAAGUAAAUCAUGAAUCGGACACGGCCGAGUCCGAAUUGUCCUCAGACGAAAGUAGCACUUCAUCAGCAAGUACAGAAAAAAGGAAAUAUAGCCAAAAAGAUGUGUUGGAAGAGUCGUCUGCAAACCCUCUGAUUGAUAAACCAGAAGCAGCUAACGAUCCUUUGGCAGGGAUGGAAAUGGAUCAUUUCGAGAUGGAUUUUUCGGAGUCAUGCCCUGCACCUUGUGACGCAAGUAACCCUGCACCUUGUGACGCAAGUAAACGAUUUGAAGUCCUGGUGAACUGUACGAUGGCGUCGGAUCAGCUAGGUUUAUCUGGAACGUAUAAUCUUCAUGUGCGACCCGAAUCUCUGGAUUUAGAAGACUGUGACACAAUGAAAACAGUACAUAGUUGGAAAUAUGAUCAUAUUAAGAGAUUUGGCUAUAAAAAAUCAACAAAUGACUUCUUAAUGGUAGUUGGACGUCGGAACAAAUUCGGAAACGGCGUCUUUGAAUUCCACGUGAUGGGAGACCCAAGACAGAUAAUAGAUUCCUUACAAAACAAGCCAGGGUGUUCUCUGAGGCUGUUGGAUAGUGCCAAAAGAAUAAGUAGCAGGAUAUAGAUCUUAUAGAAUUAAACAAACAUACCCCUCACAAACAAAAAGUC